GAUCGGACGUUUUGAUUUCAUUGUCUGGCUAGGGGACUCAUGAAGAAAUCUGCUGAAUUCGAGCGGCCGUUGAUUUGUCACCAAAAGGGCCUGUUGAGUCCUCCCAAUUAGGCCAGAACAACCAUGUGUCAGAAACUGCCAACACAAAGCCAGAAAUCCUCCUCUUCCUCAGGAUGCUAAGACACAGCAACAUUCUCCAACACAGCAUUCUCCAACUCAAUGAAUAAACUGCACUGACCAAAAAAAGCAGAGAAAGAAAGAAAGAAAGAAAAACACAAGAAACUUACAUGAUGCUUGUCUGAAGAUGCUGUGUGCGAUGCAGCCUAAGGUGCUGUCUUUUGAGCUGUAUGUGAGGACCUAAGUCUCAUUACCUCAUUCAGCCUUUCUUCCGGAGGCUUCUCUCUUCUCUCUCAGUCACACCAUCACCUCUAACUAUGGAAGCAUGGCAGGAGAAGCGAAGCAUUCAGACGAUGAACCUGCGUUCUGUGUUCACGCCUGAACAGCAGCGAGUCCUGGAGCGCUACUAUGACAAUGGCAUGACCAAUCAGAGCAAGAGCUGCUUCCAGCUCAUCUUGCAGUGUGCCCAGGAGACCAAGCUGGACUUUAGCGUCGUCAGGACUUGGGUGGGGAACAAACGGCGAAAGUUGGCAUCAAAGGCUGACCAGAACGGCCAGCCGCACAGUCUGUCCAAUCACCCGCUGGCGGGCGGCGCCGGAGGGGCGGGUCCUCUGGGGGUGCUGAGUGCCGAGCUGGCGGCGGCCCGGGGCAUCCAGCGCGGUCCGUCCGUGGCCCACCUUCUUCCUCCCACCUCCUGCCCCUCGUCUUCCUCGUCCCCUUCCUCCUGCUCUCCUCACAGCAGUGGCGGUGGCAGCGGAGGAGGAGGAGGUAGCAGCAGCAGUAGCAACAAUAACAAUAACAACGACGUCAUCGUCACUGGUAUUUAUUCCAUCGGGCGAGGCUCGGGCAUGGCCUCGUCCCGCCUCGACGGCGCCGCCUCCCACGCCUGGUCCUCCUCCGCCGCCUCUUCGAAAAGCUCGCUCGCUUCCGCUUCCUCCGCGCACGGUCACGGCCUCGACACGGACACGCGUGCCACGCACGCCUCGCACGCCCGCACGCUGCCCUCCGCGCGGGCCGACCCCUCCGCCGCGCUCCACUCGCGGGUGUCCAUCGCGCUGCCCCACGGCAAGUCGCCGCAGAUGCCGCCGCAGCCCUCGCCCUCCAACUCGCUCCUCUACGGCCAGGCCAGGAAGUCCAUGUUCCGAGACCCGGCGGCGGCGGCGGCGGCGGCCGUGGCCGCCAACAUCCCCCGCUCCUGGGCCAAGCAGUACGGGACCGGCCAGCCGCAGCCCUGGGCGCUCGGCAACCCCCAGUCCCAGUCCCAGGCGCUCUCGCUCCCCCCGGCGGCGUCGUCGUCGCUCCAGACCACCGCGCGCGGCUCCGCCGCCGCCGACGCCAGCGUCCGCAUCCAGCAGGUGUUCACCCUGGCGGGGCUGGCCGAGGCACAGCAGAGGCUGGCGAUGGGCAUGGUGCCCCCGCGACCUCCCGACCCCUUGGAGACCUUCUCCUUCUCCAUCGCCAUGGAGACGGGCGACGCGGACGACGAGUACUCGCGCGAGGAGGAGCUGGCCAGCAUGGGCGCCCAGAUGCAGAUCCGACGGGCGCGGGGCGGCAGCAGCAGCAGCAGCAGCAGCUCGGCGGGCGAGGGCGGCAGCGGAGGAGGAGGAGGAGGAGUGGCGGCGAUGGCAGCGGCGGGGACCUCGUCCUGGAUGGACGGGCGAGGAGGCGGGAGGGGGUCCCCCAGCGUCGGCGGCAGGACCCAGGUGUCCGUGGGCCUCAACACCCCCAACUCGGACAUGUUCGGAGACAAGGGGUGCCAGACGCAGAGCUCGUACCUGGCCGGCUCGGGGGGCUGGGGGGCGUUCCCCCUCCGGCUGCUCUCUCACGGCUCCCCUCUGGGCACGGCCAACGUCAAGCAAAUUCCAGGCAAUGUAGCAGCACCGUGGCUCAUCAGCAAUUCUCGAAAGCGAACACUGCAGGACCGGACCCAGUUCAGCGAUAAGGACCUGUACGCUCUGAAGCGGUACUGGGACAACGGCAUGACCAGCCUGGGCUCCGUGUGUCGGGAGAAGAUCUCGGCCGCCUCCACGGAACUAAGCGUGGACAGUGAGAUCGUCAAGACCUGGAUUGGCAAUCGACGCAGGAAGUACCGUCUGAUGGGCAUUGAGAUUCCACCACCCAAAGGGGGCCCUCCCACAUUCCCCAAGCAGUCCAUCACGGACCCCCCCUCUCCACUCACCCCCGAGGGGCCUGAGCCCAAGACCCCCGAGAUGGGCGAGGGCAGCGAACAUAACGACGAGGUGUCCGUCUGUCUCUCAGAAGAUGGUACGAGUGACCCGUACCAGAGGGAGAGUGACAUGGGCCAGGAGGACCUGCUCACCGGUGGACAGGCGGAGAAUGUGAAGAUUGAAAUCAUCGACGACGAUGAGGAUGACGACGAUGGUGACGAUGGUGACGAUGGUGACAUAAUGACCUCAGACAUGGAACAGAUGCAUAGUCUACUGGAGUUCAAGCACGAGGAGGUGCAGUUCCUGGAGAACGAGUUAGUGAACCAAAAACAGAGGUACAUUGAGCUGAAAAGCUUCACCAGGAGCCUACUGAGUGCCGUGAAGAACAACGACAACGAGAAACAGCAGGAGCUGUUAGCCAGUCUACCUCAGCUCGCAGACGAUGACUGGGAGAAGAGUCCAGAAAGGGAGGAGGAGCCCAGCGCAGAAGAGGACAUGACGAUGAUGACGGAGAUGACAGAGAUGACGGAGAUGACGGAGCCGACGGAGACGCCGACGACGAGUGCUGCCCCACCUGAGUCCUCUGUAUCAGAGGAGGAGGGGGGCACCAAGGGACCCACAUAUACAUAAACCCACCUGCUGGUACCCAUGUACACACACUGUGCCUGUGGAGGACCUACACGGCUGUUCUGGGCCCUUGUGGCCUUUUUCUACUGCAUAUCACAAUGCCUUUGGUCUAGAGAGGCUGUAGUUUGAAGCGUUAAUAAAAUACCACUUAACUUA